CCCCACCCUCACUGUGUCACCCUCCCAGGCAGAUAGCAGACGUAGGAGCGGUGCCCUGCUCUCAGCGCGUCCUGGCGAAGACCACAAGGCGCUUCUCAUCGGAAACAAGACGUGACGCGCAGAGGGCCCGGCGGUUACUUCGUUUGCAGUACAACGAUUCCACUAAGGACCAAGGAUCACCAUCCGCCUGACCCUUGGUUGUUUUCCCUUCGAACUUCAUCCUCGUGAAUUACCGUGUCUCAUAUCUAAAGAAUUUCAAUCUAGGCUUCAUCGUGCAGGAAAGGGUACUUGGUUGAGUGUCGUGUUGGGAGGGUGUCCAUGGGAAUUAGUCAUCGGAGCGGGAACUUAAGUUUAAUAGACAAGGCAGAUCCUACGCAAACUCUAAAGCCCUUCGCCUACAACAGAUCCACGAGUGAAUUAAAGGAUAUACAAUCAUUCAAACAAAACUUCGCUCGGGAAAGUAAAGACAGUACAAAUAUUUCCCUGAAAAAAUAACCCUUGUCGCAACUUACUCUACGUACCUCCGAACAUGUAAGGAACCGACUGAAGUCAUGGUCACUCGUAAACACAUGUGAUUCCUUAGUUACGAGCUCUCUUGACGAUAAUACGGACGUGUCCUGAGUUCUCCGAGUGAGAAUGACAGGGUUCCCGAGUACAAAGCGCGGCCUGGCAGUGCGGGCGAGCGAUGAGAGGAAGCGGGUAGGGUGAGCCCGCCUGUUGCAUCGGGAAUGCAACAGAAUCUAGAAGUAUAAAAGGCUUCGAUGCAGAUUUUUGUGUAAAAAGUGCCGUUAGAAAACUAACAUACAGAGGGGAAAUAAAGGUCAUCAGUGAACAUAUCUAGACGUAAGAAGAAACAAUCAAAUGUAACUUUGUGGAAGUAAAACAGGAAGGUGUCGACACCAUCGAAGCGAUACAAGACAUAGCGCUGUCAUCUUUUUAUGUUGAUACGUAAAUGGUGAUGCCUCACAUGAAAAGAAAAAGAAAACAACGCUAGCACACCGGAAGUUGUUGAUGCAACCUUCAUUAUCAUUGGUUCCAUGAUGAGCUUUUUGUAGCUGUGGUGGAAACCGGGGAGCAUUUUUUUCUCGUGUACAGUAGAGGCGAGGAUGAAGACCCAACCAAGCAAGCGCGUGGCUUUCUCGCCACUGCCAGCCGAGGACAAGGACGCUGCCGAUCAAACAGCCGCGGAGAAGGACGCCGACGGCCUUGUAUCGGAAAGACCUGCGAGCGUUUGCAAAUUCACGUGGUGGAAUGAGCUCGUGAUAUGGUUCUCUAUGAUCUUCUACGUGGCCGACCUGUGCCUGGACCUGUGGGUGUGCGUGGCCCACUUCAAGGCGGGGCUGCCGAAGUCGGGCUGGUUCAUCUUCUUCUGUAUCCUGCUUCCCAACCUUUACGCUGGGUACAAGUCGCUGCAGUGGUACCUCAGAGCUCACGCCAUCACCCCCCUGCGAAAGCCCUUGGUUUGGAUCAUCCGGGUCUUUUUCUUUCCUAUCAGUCCCCUCCUCAGGUACAUAGACGCUUUGAUGUAUGGCUACCAUGCGCGCCAGGCGUGGAAGCAAGGGAACCUCUCGAAGGAACGCAAGAACUUCGAGAAUUACCUGGUGGAGAGCGCGGAGGUGGCCAUGCUGCGCCUCGUCGUCAUAUUCCUCGAGGAUGCGCCCAUCGUCGUCCUCAACCUCACCGAACUCAUCAAAACGCCGCCCAACAAAUGGACAGACAUCCAGGACGGCAAGCCUGACCCGGAGUUUGUCCGUCUGGGUUCGGUCGUGGCCAAGCUCGCCUGCACCAUGACCCUGGGCGUUGUGCACUACAUGUCAUGCAACAAGUUGGCGUGGCACUUAGCUAACACCCAGCAGCAGGACCGGCAGAUGCAACAGCAGGAAGAGGAAGAGGACGCCGCCGCCGGGAGGAGACCCAAACAACCUUGGGAAAAGAAAGGAGUGCUGUCGUGGCCAGCGGAGUUCGCCAUCUACUGCUGGCAGCUUCUGUCCAUUGGUUCUCGCGUCGUGGCCUACGCCCUCUUCUCGGUGGUCCACUUCCGCCUGCUGUGGGUUCCCAUCAUGCUGCGCUGGAUGAUCCACUCGGUGUGGAUCUUCUUCGACGUGCGGGAGAUGUCCAUCGUGAACUCGAUCGCCUUCGGGGGCGUCUACCUCUUCUCCUUCGUCACCACGUCGCCCGGACGGCAGAUCCUGCGAAUUCUCCUCUACUACGUCAUCACCUUCGGCGAAAACAUAAUCAUCGGCAUCCUGUGGAGUUACGGCGCGCCGGACAACUACUUCCAAGAGGCCGGUUUGGGCGUGAUGUUCGGGGGAGCGGCGGGCGGCCUGCUGUUCCUCAUGCUGUACUACGGGUGCUUCCACCCCGACAGGGCCUCAACUUGGGGCUGGCAGUGGCUGCGCGAACGAAGGGCGAAGAGACCGCAGCGAUCGGCUGUGGUAUAGAGGGCGCAGGCCUAAGGGAGGGAGGGUGCGCGGGGUCAAGUGUUUUCGAUUUGCAUUAUAUAACAUAAAUAUGUAUUUUUCAUAUGCGCAGGCACACACUUACAGACUGACAGACGCACACACACACACACACACGCACACACUCACACACACACACACACACACUCACUCACUCACUCACUCACUCACUCACUCACUUAUUCACUCACUCACUCACUUAUUCACUCACUCACUCACAAACAUACACGCGUGGUGGAUAUAAAUGAUUCCUCCCAGACAUCUUAUGAAAAAAAACGAUUAAGAUAUAUUUUGAUAUCAUAUGCUCCGUGUCACACUAUGAAUGAAUGUAUCUUUUAAGUCUUCGUCUUAUGUGUGGGGAUGCGUGCAAAUAUACUAUUAGAUUAGAUCGUGGGGUCAAUUUUUAAAGAUUUUUGGUUGUUAUUGUUGGCUGUCUAAUUUCAUUAUUCUUAUAGUUUCUGCAAGAAGUGUCUCGUAUGAUUAUGAAAUAAAUGAUUUUCGUUUUACUUUCUACGAAACUUUAUUGGGAAAAAAUGGAUGUCUGGACAUGGGAAUGGUACAGAUUUUAUUUUUUGGAGUGUGAAUUAAAAGGGUCUAAAAGAAAUGUGUCUUCCCAUGUGAGUGCUGAAUCAGUGUCGUUCUUCGAUAUAUGGUAUCGUAAAUGUGUAUAUUUUGUACUGCAAGAUAAUUAUUUUGUCACUAGAAGCUGAUAUACUUACAGAUUUAUCAUGUAAAUUACUCUCACUUCUGUCGAAAAAAGGAGAAAUAUGAGAAUUAAUUCACAUUAUUGUAGUCACAUGUAGUAUAUAUAGUAGGUGUAAAUUUGUAUCUGCUUUCCCGAUUGCGUCCACGAGGAGCAGUAUGUUUACUAGUCAUGUCGAGGGAGAGAGUGCCCAGCUAGUCUCACGAACGGAGAGCCCUUUCCGAGUUUAGUGUUGUGAUCCAAGACGUAAAAGACUGGAAAGAAAAGAUGAACAUAAGAUUGGACGUUGAUAACUGAGAUAUGAAAUAAAAUAUGAAAUAUUUGACAUUGAAAACUGAGAUCAGAUGUAAAAUACUGAUGAAUUUGUAAUAACAUCGGGCUGUUAAGUACUGUUCCCUUGCCCAUCUAUAAUUGUACCUUUUGUUACAGUAUUUUUUUUUCUCAAUUGUGGGUAUUCACUCACGAGGGAUUUUUUAAACAUUCAUUCGUUCAUUUUAUCUUUGUCGUAAAGUGAGCAUAACUGACUCAUCAUUUCAUUAAAAGAAAACAGUACAGUAACUCAUUCUCCGUACUUACGAAAAAAGUGGAAUGUUUACUUAAAUACUUUUCCAUAACCCGAAGAAUAAAAGGGAACAAAUACCAUGUGUGUUUGAAUGAAAAGGAUGAUAGAAAACGGCGCCGAUAUAAAGAAAAUGGUGGUGCUUCAGAAAUUACGAAAGACAUAGUUCCUGGUGAUUAAGUGAGCAUCGGUGCUUCCAUGCAGAUUAGCUUCCCAAGAUCUGUUUGCUAAUGGAGGCAGGAAAGGGAAUUAUGUGCUAAUUAUAACUGUUAAGAAUUGUGUCUUACCAAUGAUGUGCUAAGUUUAACUGUGAAGAAUUGUGUCCUACCAAAGGUGUUAAAAUAUAUUAAGAUUUUGUA